AUGGCUGCUCAGUCAUUGAGUUCCUUGCUGCAACGAGCCUCCAUUGACGACCACGAGGAAGUUCUGCAGUCCUCCAACGCUGCAUUGGCCAAAUCCAAGGCGGAUCAGCAUGCCCUGCACAUCAAAGCCAUUGCUCUGUUAAAACUUGACCGCUACGACGACUGCUUGCGUGUGUUCGAGGAAGCUGGGGACGGUCUGAAAAGUCGGGCCGCCCUGGAAUAUGCAUACGUUCUCUAUAAGUCUGGUCGGCCGGAGCAGGCCAUAGAAGUGGUGUCGCAAGUGACAGGCAUUCGUGGUGCUCGUCACUUGGAAGCUCAAGCUAGCUAUCGCGCUGAAAGAUUCCGUCGCGCCGCCGAGCUGUACGAAGAACUGUCCAAAGACGGAGCUUCAUUGUCCAAUGAGGAGAAUGAUUUGCGCAUCAAUGCCUGGGCUACGGACGCACAGCUACAAUGGAAGGGAUACCCCGGAUUUGUUCGCCAUAACAGAGCGACACGCGAUGAUCUGGAGGCAUUCGAGACUGUCUACAACGCUGCAUGCUUGAGUAUAGCCAAGGGCGAAUUUGAGCAGGGAGAGCUGCUCUUGAAGCGCGCGAAGGAGCUAUGCCGCACCUCAGAGGACCUUUCCCCGGAGGACAGAGAUGCCGAAUUGCUUCCGAUUGCCGUACAGCAACUGUACGUUCUGCUCCGGCAAGGCAAGUCCGAGGAGGCUCAGUUCAUCCUAGAGGAGAUCUCUGUCAAAGAUAUCCCCGAAGCCUCGACAAAGAAGAUUGCACAAACCAAUGCCACCCUCGCUCGCGGCGCCUCCGCUAAUCCCUACGCUUUUUAUAAGGCCCUAAACGAGAUUCCAGUCUCUACAGAUAGCGACAAGCUGUUCGACUACCAGAGCAAUCUGGCGAUCGGCAAUUCGUACGCCGCUGAUCUGUUGGUCCGUAAAUACGACGGCAUCAUUCGUUCGACCUCCAAAGCGCUUUCUCGCGCCGCCUACCCUUCCACAGAACCCAGCGUCAACCUCCUCUCGGUCUACAACGCCGCCGCCCACACCCAUGGUGAAGCCGGCCCGAAAGCCCUCAAAGCCAUCAUGGCGGCGCUCGACAAACGGCCCAAGGACCUGGGUCUGGCCCUCACGGCCGUGCAGCUCUACGUCAGCGCUGGCAACACCACCUCCGCGAUAACCACACUCGAAUCCACUCUUCAACUCCUAGACGAGUCCAUCUCUGAACAAGACAAGGAAGUUCGCUUCAAUCCAGGCGUCCUGAGCGUGCUCAUCUCCCUUUACAAGUUGGAAGGCCGCAAGGUUCAAAUUCGCGCCGAACUCGCCAAAGCCGCCGUCUACUGGCAGCAGCCUCGGCAAGGCACUGGCGAACCGCCUGUUUCCCUUCUCCGCGCCGCCGCAGCCUCUUUGUUGCACUCAUCCAACGCAGAAGAUCUGGCUACGGCCGGCGACCUCUUCAGAUCCCUCUAUCAGUCUAAUAAGGCCGACCACUUCGCCGUCGCCGGUUACGUUGCCGCUCAAGCCCCCAUCGACUACGCCAAGGUUGAAUCCUUGGUUGACAAGCUCCCUUCGGUCGCGGACUUAGUUGCCGAGGUCGACUUGGCUGCUCUCGAAUCAGCGGGAAUUGCACCCUCAUCCGGGGCGAACGCCGCCGCGGCGGCUGCGAUCGCGGGGGCUCGAAAGAGGCCGGCCGCCGUUUGCAGGGAACACGGCGGUGCGGUGAAGAAGCGGGUCCGGAAGUCGAGGCUGCCUAAGGAUUACGAUCAGAGCAAGACUCCUGACCCGGAACGUUGGCUACCUCUGCGCGAUCGAUCGAACUACCGGCCUAAGGGUCGCAAGGGCAAGCAGCGCGCUGCGGAUAGGACACAGGGUGGUGUGGUAAAUGACAAGCUUGAGGAGUCUGGCUCAGCUAUCAAUCAGCCUAAGCUUCAGAGCGGUGGUGGCGCAAACAAGAAGAAGAAGAAGGGCAAGCGGUAG